AAGCAGAAAGGCUGGCCAGAGGGUGUCAAUCUACAGAGCAGCGUAGAUGCUGAUGGUGGAAGAUUUACUAAUAGAGGCAGGUCCACAGCAACUCCAGAUCUUACUCCUCGUGUGCGAUCUGCCUUCUCGGGGGGCCUGUUUUGUUCUUAUUUUACGCUGAAGCAGGUACUUUCCAGCCCCUCUUGUCUCUAACUGCCAGAAUCUUGAUAACGAAGGAGACCCCGGGAGAGAUUAAGUGACCACCCAGCAUUACCCAGGAAGCAAAAUGAAGGACCGACUAGUAGAACUGGUGGAGUUAACCAAGAACUAUGACCGGCAGUUCACAGACAAGAACGAUGAAUUUGACUUGCCCCAGGAGGACAUCGUGUUUGAGACGGACCACAUCCUGGAAUCCUUGUACAGGAACAUCCAGGACCUUCAGGAUGAAAACCAGCAGCUGAGUAACGAUGUGAAGCGGCUGGGAAAGCAGAAUGCCCGCUUCCUCACGUCCAUGCGGCGCCUUAGCAGCAUCAAGCGCGACACCAACUCGAUUGCCAAGGACAUCAAGGCCCGGGGCGAGAGCAUCCACCUCAAGCUGAGCAGGAUGAAGACGCUGAGCCAGGAGGCCGAGGCCGAGCACGGCGCAAACUCGGUCGUGGUGCGCAUCAUGCAAGCGCAUUACAGAGCACUCACCUGCACCUUCCAGGCUGCCAUGCAAGAGUACAACGAGGCUGAGAUGAAGCAGCGCGAAAACUGCAAGAUCCGCAUCCAGCGUCAGCUGGAGAUCAUGGGCAAGGACAUCUCGGGCGACCAGAUCGAGGACAUGUUGGAACAGGGCAAGUGGGAUGUGUUCUCUGAGAACCUGCUGGCCGACGUGAAGUGCGCCCGGGGGGCCCUCAACAAGAUAGAGAGCCAGCACCGUGAGAUGCUGCAGCUGGAGGGCCGCAUCCGCGACCUCCAUGAGCUCUUCCUGCAGACGGCCAGGCUGGUAGAGCAGCAGUCUGACACCCUGAAUGUCAUCAGUGUCAACGUGCAGAAGACUGCCAACUACACCGGCCAGGCCAAGGUGCACUGGAGCAAGGCUGAGCGGUACAAGAAGAAGAACCCCUGUCGGACCCUCUGCUGCUUCUGCUGCCCCUGCCUCAACUAGCAGGCCGGCCUGGGGCACCACACCCCAUCCCAGACCGGAAUGGGCUGGUAAGCACACUAGAAGAGAUUUUGAGGCCAUAUGAACUGGGGUGAGUUGCCCUAAUCCCUAUGGACCUCAGUCUUUGAAGAAAGAAAACACUCGAGAUCCAAGAAUUCCAGCCCAGCUUAUGCUUGCAAAGAGAGCCGAUGCCACCCGAUGUCUCUUCAGUAAGGACAGAUGACUACUCAGGUUUUUGAGGUCAUUAUGUGGCAUAUAGCACCCUUGCCUCUUAGCGGAAGCCAAAUAAGGAACUGACUUAGCUUACUCUAUGGUAAAUGUCCAGGGCGUGUUUGGUCAUGAACCUCUAGCAGGAAGUCAAUUCUGCACCAGCUCCUCGUUAUCAGAAGUUCAGUUCAUUCACCCUAUCCUGAAAGUACCUCAGUUCUGUUCAUUUUCGAGUGAAACUGACCUUGGGAAAAACAGCACAUAUUCCAUUUCUGAUUCUUCAUCUAGGUUAUGCUGUGCUUGCUGCCUAUAGAUGUUUAUCUUCUUUCUGCUCACCUCCCCUACUUAUUAAAAUGACAUUUAACACUUACUAUUUCCUUAACUCUUUCACUUUUAAUAUCUUCCAUCAGAAUAUAUUUUAGGAUUUUUUUCAAAUAUUUUUAAGCACUGAGUAUUGAACAAGCACUCAAAUUGAAGUACAUGUGUCACAUUAUAUAUAUUUUUCAUAAAUAAAACUAAUUUGAAGUGUAUCUUUUUACUUGAUUGUUACAAAUACAUAUAUAUGUAAAGUACUAAUAUUUACUAAUGCAUGUACAUAAUGACCAUGUGGUUUGUAAAUAUGGUAUAUUGAUAUCGAUUAAAACAUUUUUACUGGUUA